AUGACCGUCUAUCCUCACACGAAGCUUUUCAUCGAGGGAAGCAGAACGAUCCUCAUCAGUGGACCUCAUAUCCAGGUUCUCGACCCCAAAACCGGAGAUAUCAUCUCCUCUACGGCCACGCUUAAUGGUGCAGACAAGGACGCUUUGCUCAAAUCAGGUCCUAUAAGAUGUGCAGCGGUAGACGAGAACUGCAAGUACAUCGCGACCUCAGGCGACGAUAAGGUGCUCAAGGUCUGGGAGGUGGAGGGGCUCAAGUUGCUGUCCCGCCGUGAGGCGCCGAAAAAGCCCACGGAUAUCAAAUUUACGCGCGACGCGCAAAAGAUCGUCGUUGCAGACAAGUUCGGUGACAUAUUCAGCUAUCCCCUGCACCAGGAUGCGUCGGAACCGGCGUCUGCACCAAAGAAAGACAGAGCGCUCGCUUCCCAUGACAAUCCGGCCGGCGGCCACCUCGUCCUCGGGCAUACUUCGAUGCUCACGACGUUCGCGCUCACGUCAGACGAACGAUUCAUCAUUAGCGCGGACCGCGACGAACAUAUACGCGUGAGCUGGUUUCCGCAAGGAUACAACAUCGAACGAUACUGCCUCGGUCACGAAAAAUAUGUCUCUUCUAUUCACAUACCGAAGUUCGAUGGGGCCAUCCUCAUAUCCGGCGGAGGAGAUCCUAUGCUCAAAGUAUGGGAUUGGAUGUUGGGCGCGCUACGAUAUGAAGUUGCCGUCGCAGACGUAGUGUAUCCAUACAUCAAGGUGGCCGCACCGAAAGUCAAGUCGGGCUGGGACGAAGAAGGCGAAGGCAACAAGGGGAAGAGGGGGAAGAACAAGGGGAAGUCGGAGGAGACUGGUACCCCCGACCCUGCUACUGCGCCUACGGCAAACAAUGAUGUGGGAUACGCGGAGGCGGACGCUGCUCAAACCCACACUGUCCUAGCCGUCCAGAAGAUAGAAACGAUAGAGGACGCAACCAGCGGGCGUCAUGUCCUAUUCAGUGUCACCGGUGCCACCGCCGUUUUCUACUUCCCUUAUGGAGGCGCGGUCGAACCUUCGCAAAUUCAGGCGUUCGACUUCAAUCGCCCGGUGCUCGACUUCGCACCCGUGCCUGGUUCCCCAGGACUGUUAUUGGUACUUCUCGACCCGAACUUCAAGCAAGAUCUCUCAGCAUCGGCGGACCAGGGUGCGCCGCUUGUUCAAGCUCUUCGAUGGGAUGGCUCUGGAUUCACUGAUGUUAACUCGGCCGACGCCUCGUUUUCAACGCUCCUCGCGUCAAUGAAUUCUCAAUGCCGCAUAGCGGCCGAUGCGGAACAAUCGCUCCGCUUGGAUCUCUAUUCACCUUUGCUCACUUUGCCCAAGAACGCCCAGGUCGAACACGAUCCGAUGGACCGCGAAGCCAUCGAGUUCCCGGAUCAGGCGGGCGCGGAGACGCCGACGAAGGGCAAGGCGGCGAAGUCUCUGAGCGCGAAAGAAAUCGCACGGCUAACCCGCAAACAAAAGCUCGAGGAGCAGCUCAGGGCGCGCGCACAGGGAUCGACGCAGGAUGAUGCCGAGCGCGAUUUCAAGAAGCCUCGAUCGGACGACGACAACGACCAGCGGGAGGAAAAGAUGGAUGUUUCAUGAAUCUGUGCCCCCCGAUGCAGACACGUCCACCUGCAGCGUGGCCAUGUUCGACGUUCAUUGACUAUGCAUGAUCGUCUGAUACAAGCUCGGGUAUCUACAGCAUACUCUGCUUGAUCAUUAU